AUGUCGGGAUUGGGUGACCACUAUAGUCACUGUGUACUACCCUCGGGGGUCGGAACCAAGUCACGAGUGGAAGACUGCAAUACGCAACUACUCAUUCUCAUCCCGCUGAUAGUUAGCCAUUUUGCAUCCAUCGCUUCGCACAUUGUGCUGGGGAUCCGACCGGUGCGAAAUAGGAUCCGCUUCUGGGAUAGAUUCUACCUCAACAAUUCGCCAAAGCUCGCUGGGCCAUGGAGCCCUUGGGGUUCUCUAGCAUCCGUGGCGUUUAAUGUCGUCCAAGCUGUUGCAAUGGCCCUACUUCUGCGCUGGGGAGGGCUUGACAUUAGCAUUGGUGCUGUUACAUUGCUGUAUCUGACACGGCCCCGUGUGGGCUGGGUUGUCGUCUUGCUCUCCUCAUUUCUCUACGAAUCUCUCACGGAUACGGCCACAGACAUUUUGUUUCAGGAGUGCAUUCAAGGGCUUAUUGCCGUGCCGAGCGCUGUAGCGUCGCUGAGUGUUACAGGGCUGGGCCAAAUUCCUGACGGGUGCAAUCGUGCGGAGUCGUCGACAGCUCACUCCUACCUUUACGAGGCAGGUAGCUUUCUCAUGGGUGGCAGUACGGGGUUAAUCGUGUCCGCGGCUUUCUUUCUCGGUAUCGCGAUCGCCAUGAUAUGGACUCGCAAAUUUCUCCGUCAUUAUUUCGGUCUCAUGGCCAUGGUGCCUUGUAUAGGUGCCUUUAUCUCUGCUUGGUUACUCUGGAUUGACAUUGCGUAUGCUACAUACGAUGGCCAUUUUUGCCCAUCUAACUCUGUUUUGGGCCCAAUGUCAGCCGUUACUCUUGCUGUCCCGCUAAUCACCGCCGUUGUGAGAAGCUGGAUCGGGUACCCUGGAAGUAAUUACAAGUAG